AUGUUCAGGCAUCCCCAAGGGGUCGCACCUGACGACGUAUCUUCAGCAUUCAGUCAAAUACUCAAGCCUCUACCGGUCAUAUCGUGGGGACAGCUUGCAAUGCAUUAUUUGGGUGUCCCAAUUGGAGCAGGUCAUCACAUGUUUGUUGUCCGAGACGAACAUCAUCAGACGGCGAUUCAGAAGCUCAAAGACUCUGGAUUCUCUCAAGCCCCUCCUGAUCGCCGGGCCGCCCCAGAAAUUAUGGAGUCUCUCCCAGAUCCGCAAGCCGUCCUUGAUCAGAUUAACAAGGGCUACGAACGCCUAGACCGUUAUUGCACGUCAUUCCAGUUCCCACCUCACCUUCCAUUCAGCGGGGAUCAAAUAUUCUUGAUGCCCAACUCCUUCGCGCAUUUACCACUGGACAAUAUCGACAUGGCUUCAAAUCAGUCAAACCAGAAGGCUCAACCAACGCAAUAUAAAGUGUAUGGCAACUUAUUCUACCCGCUUGAAGCAACAUUGGUUGAGAGCUUCGUUAAAGGAGUCAUUGAUGACAUCGACGAGCUUGGAUUUUCGCAGUGGCAGUUGCUACUAAAAGCCUGGAUAUCAAUGAUGCGAGGCUAUCUCGAAGUCAGCAAUGAUAUCCUUGAUGACUGUGCGGAUGAGCGGGCGGUAGAAUGGUUCAGCAAGCACUUUGGUCGGAUUCGCGAAGAGAAAUAUGGUGCAUGGGGCCUCCGGGUUUCAAAACGCCUUGGUUCUGGAAAAGAAUUGCCAGUGAACAUGAGGGGAAAUCCUAUUCUCUGA